GGGGCCGCGUCCCCGGGGCUACCUCAGGAGCCGAGGCCUGAGCUUGGUGCUGGCAGGUGUCAGCUGCGAGGCCUCCCCCGUCCCCCGACCCAGGAGACGGCCCGGUUCGGCCCCAUGGUGGGCUUCGGGGCUAACCGGCGGGCCGGCCGCCUGCCCUCCUUCGUGCUAGUGGUGCUGCUGGUGGUGAUUGUCGUCCUCGCCUUCAACUACUGGAGCAUCUCCUCCCGCCACGUCCUGCUUCAGGAGGAGGUGGCCGAGCUGCAGGGCCAGGUCCAGCGCACCGAGGUGGCCCGCGGGCGUCUGGAGAAGCGCAAUUCGGACCUCUUGCUCUUGGUGGACACGCACAAGAGACAGAUCGACCAGAAGGAGGCCGACUACGGUCGCCUCAGCAGCCGGCUGCAGGCCAGGGAGGGCCUGGGGAAGAGAUGCGAAGAUGACAAGGUUAAACUCCAGAACAACAUAUCAUACCAGAUGGCAGACAUACAUCAUUUAAAGGAGCAACUUGCUGAGCUUCGUCAGGAGUUUCUUCGACAAGAAGACCAGCUUCAGGACUACAGGAAGAACAACACUUACCUUGUGAAGAGGUUAGAAUAUGAGAGUUUUCAGUGUGGACAACAGAUCAAGGAAUUAAGAGCACAACAUGAAGAAAAUAUUAAAAAAUUAGCAGACCAGUUUUUGCAAGAACAAAAGCAAGAGGCUCAGAAUGUUCAAGCAAAUGGUGCAGACAAAUCGAAUGUGAACGAUCAUGUAGUACCUAAAAAUAUCCCAAAUGUAGAAGAAAAUGCUGCAGAAAAGAAUGAAGAACCCUCAAGUAAUAAUAUUCCACAUGGGAAAGAACAAAUCAAACGAGGUGGUGAUGCAGGGAUGCCUGGAAUAGAAGAGAAUGACCUAGCAAAAGGUGAUGAGCCUUCUACUGUUUUAAAGAAACCUGUAUCAGUUUCUCAACUUGGAAGUAACCAAGAAAUUUCUCAUCUUCCAACUGGACAACCUCUUUCCCCUGAUUUGGCUGAAGAUGCACAGGUCAACCAUAAUGGAGAUCAUGAUAUUUCAAAACAGAACCCUUCCAACAAUCUUCAGCGUUUAAUUCCAGGCCCCAAAUUGGAGAGCGAACCCAAACUUCAAACAGAUGUGUUAAAGCAGGCUCCCAAGGAUAGAGUUGGUGACUUCCAUAAAUUAAAGCAAAGCCGAUUCUUUGAUGAGAACGAAUCCCCUGUUGAUCCGCAACAUGGCUCUAAACUGGCGGAUUAUAAUGGGGAUGAUGGUAAUGUAGGUGAGUACGAGGCAGACAAGCAGGCUGAGCUGGCUUACAAUGAGGAAGAAGAUGGUGAUGGUGGAGAGGAAGACGUCCAAGAUGAUGAAGAACGAGAGCUUCAGAUGGACCCUGCAGACUACGGGAAGCAACAUUUUAGUGAUGUUCUUUGAGUCCUAGAGGAAAACUUCUGAAAACCUAAAGUGCUGUAAAAAUGGAAAUCAUUUCUACAUCAUCAUUUUUACUUUUGCUGUAAAGAUUAGUUGUAUCAGUUGUAAAGAUACAUUGAUAUAGAUUUAAGGAAAAUUUUAAUGAAGGAAUGUACCCAUGUACAUAUGUGAGCCUUUUCCUAUUGUAUUAUCAAAGCAGAGACUUUUUUGGUUAUGAUACAAAUGAGCCAAAAAUGGUUAAUCUUUGCAUUUAAAGCAAACUAAUGUAUAUUUCACACUUUAUUGAGCCUAAUACUUUUUUCCACAAAUAGACAACAGAAAAUGGUUGUACAUGUUAUAUGUUGCACACAGCCUAACCAGAAUGAGAACAGUUAUGCAGUUGAAAACUUUUUUAUACCUUAAAUGCAUUGUUAGCCCAACUGAUGUUCGGACUAUCCCUUAUUUCAUGAUGUUGAAGGAAUCAUGCCUACCAUAAUUACAUAAAAAGGGGAAUCUAGAACCAAACACUGGGCAACAUAUGUAGAAAAUUCCCUCCCUCCUCCUUGUAUUUACAUGAGUGCUGAUGUGUUUGUUCUGAGAGAGAAGUUUUCAGCUAGGGCCCAAUGAAAGUUUGAGGUAAACUGCAGACAUGUUGUUAUUUGUGAGCUAUACCUUCCCUCCUUCUUGAACUUGUGGAAUGCAUGUUUGCCAUACCCGUUUUUAUUUUUUCAAGUGAUACCAGUACUACUUUAGUCUGGCCACCGGUGGCUAAAACUUUUAUAUUUUCGAAGUUGAAGUUGGUGAAGCUAUUCAUGACUAAAUUGCCAGAUCCUGAAAGGGGCUAAGGCUACUUUGAAAUGAAUCGGCAGUCAGUAUUUCAAAGACUUUCUGGUAGUUUCAGUGAUCUUAUUUGAGUAGACUUUUUCUGAAGUACUAAAUAAUGAAUUUUAACAGGUUUUUAUUAAUGCACAGAUAAAUGUAAGUACAGUGAGGUCUCCAGCUGUUUUAGUAAAAUAGCUUAAAAGUUUGUAACAAAACGAAUCUUUGUAAUUAACAUUAGUUAAGAGCCCAUCACACUCAUAUUUGCUAGACUUACAAAAUUAUUUUAAAAACAGUUGUCUUUUUUUACUCUAUUCAAUACAAUUUGUAAGCUAGCUAAUCCUUGUUCUCUAAUUUAAAUCACUUUUAAAUCUUAUCCCACUAUCCUAAAACAAAAAAUUCUAAUCAAAAAUAGAAAUUUAAGCUUACUAACUUUGUUUUUCAGGAGAAUGACUGCUAAUUACACAUAAGCAACAUGAAAUGAAUGUUCCCCUACUAAGGUUCCAGUCAAAAUAAAGACUUACAGAGGAAAAAGUUUUUUUGCAAUUUAUUUAAUAAACAAGACAGUAUGCAGUUAAUUGAUUAAAAUUGUUUUUCCCACCUUAUCAAAUGAUUGGUGCCUUUGUUAUCAGUAGGGUCAGGCCUG